AACUAGCAUAUAUAUUGCAAAUGUUGGCUAUCAAAACCAGCCGCUAAAUAGCUAACAUAGCCACAAGCUGGCUAAAGUGAGCAGCACUAUUCUGUUAAGCCAUUAACAGCUGUAGUUAACACAGUGCCUGCCUGCAAAACGAGGGUUGAGUUUCGCCUUUCAUAUUUUUAUUGCAGUGUAUGUGCGUGUGUGUGUGUGUGUGCGUAAAACGCGCCGCGUGGCCAAGUGCAAAAUCACAAAGCAAAGCACACAAAGCCAAUCAAUGUUAAUGAUUACAAGAAAUAUGCGACAUGCGGCGUUUGGCAAACGAAAACAACAACAGCAAUGACAGCAUCGCCGUGGGGUGGCACUCAGUGAGAGACUGGGAGAUACACAGUGGGAGAGAGAGCGAAGCAAGAACUCCCACACUAAGGGCUCUCUUUGUAACUCUCUGCAUUUGUAUGGCUGCACGCGUUGACAUGCUAGCAAGUAAACAUCUAAUUUAUAUAUGUAAGCUGUAUUAUUGCAGAAUGCAGACAUAUUAAAUUACCAGUUACAUAUUCGAUGUAGCAGAGCUUUGACAGUUAAAGAGAGCGUCAAAUGGAUCGUGCACCCACACAAUACAUUGUAUUUGUUUGAGCUUCGCUCUUUGCUCGCGUUCAUUGUGUGAAACCUGAGCAACAAUAGUGAUGAACAAAAGUCAACUCACGACUCACGAUUGGGAGAGCGAGAGAGACAAAGCCUGAGUUGAGAGUGAGUCGUGGGAGAAAACCACUUCCACCAGAUACAGUAACAGUAACAGCAGCACAAUGUGUCCAAUUGGCUUCACGCUCUUCCGUUUAGUCGUGUUUCGGUGUUCGAGGCGAGCGGACGUGUAUUUUUCACUAGAUGCAAUACGUGCCGCAUGCAUUGCAAUAUUUUAUGUAAAUAGCAGCAACUAAAUCAUUUGGAUGACGAAUUUAAUGACCUGAAAAAAGAAGAAGAAGAAAAAACGCCAAUCACUUUCACACAUUGCAUAGAUGAAAAUUGAAAUAGUCGACAACAAAGACGAGCAGCAGCAGCGACGCCGACAUCGACUGAGGCAGCGACAGCGACAGCGAAUGUGGGCGCAUUGAUUACAUUUUCAUAAUCAACGAAAGAGAAAAACACACACAUAAAAAAAAAGAAGAAAAAAAAAGAGAUAAAAAAUAAAGUUGCAGUUGGUUUCUCAAUGAAUAUCGCAUAAUGGCGGCAACACCUGAAUCGUGUGGCGCACGCGAUUCUGUGGAGGCGUUCGAACCCGAGGCGGAUACAGAGACGGAGGCAGAGGAGGGCACAGAGGCGGCCUCAUCAGCUAACAACAUGUCCGAGCCGGAGACAGAGACAGAGACGGAGACGGAGCCCGCUGGUCUGGAUGCGCUAGAUGCUCUAGAUGCGGCCAACGACCAACAAAAGCAAAACGAGCAACUGCAGCAGCAUCAGCAGCAGCAGCAAUUGCAGUCACUGGAGCCCAUCUCACUGGACGAGAUACCGGAGCCCAUUCGAGUGCUCGACGAUAUCAUAUCGGAGUUCGAGGAGGAGGCGACAACCAAGCCAGCUGCCCUGCACAGCAACAGUGGCGAGAAUCAAUCAGAGGACGACGGCUACAUGAGUCUGAGUCGCAAAAACAUGUCGAAGAAGGACUCGGAAGAUGUGCCACAAACGCCGAGCACAGACACCGUGCCCGAGGGCAGUUUCAACGAGGUUGAUGGCACUGCCGAAAAUCUAACCAAAUUAUCUGAGGCGGAGCACAGCCAGGAAGCGACAACGCCACUCAUACAGACAACGUUGCCGAAGGCACGCAGUGCGAACUCAGCGCCAGCCACCAACUCCAACUAUUCGAGUCUGCCGUGUUGCGGUGCCCGUGCCGCCUCCAAUCUGUGCGCCGCCUCCAAUUGCAACUCAUCCAGAAAUGGUCUAUUGGCUGCCACUCGCACCGGCAGCUGCAACGGGGAGCGCAAUGUCCUGGGCAUCGACAUCAGUGCCGUGCACAAUGCCGUUCUGCGUGGCAAUCUUGCCAAGUUGCCGGAGCCCAUGCUAAAUGAGCAUCCGGUGACCAUCUAUCCGGGUCCAUCGGCGAAGGCCAGCGGCGAGGGUGCGCGCAGCAAGCGACUGCUCAACUCUGUGGAGAAGCACAAGGAAGUCUGCCACAUGCUGAAUCCACAUUCCAAUAGCUCCACCUCCCCAUCGACAUCGUCGGGAUCACAGCACACGUCGAGCGGCGAAGCAUCGCCAUCGGCAUCCAAUAUAAAUAUGAAUGUCGCCACAGCCAAGCAUCUGCGACAGGUGACUGAUGACUAUUCUGAGGACUCGCUGGAGGAGUCAACCAUUUCGACAGAUCUGACGCCCGUCAAGCAGAAUGGGGUCGCCUGGGAAAUACACUUUAAGAGCAAUAAGAAGAAGACGACUGCCACGAAAAAGUCAUCCUCGGUUGCUGCUAAAAAGCAACAACCGCGAGAGAACAAUCUGGCCGACUUCAACAACAGUUUCGUGUACAAUGAGCAGCAGAGCAUGCUGGGCAAGGGUACGUUUGUCAUCAGGCGAUCCACUGCCAAGAAGCCGCCACGUGCCGUCGAUGUCUUUAGCAUACCAAAGCCACCACGCACCUCCCUCGGCGCUGGUGCGAUCAGCAAUGAGUUCUACACGAGCGACAGCGAGCCCAGCGAAUCGGCGCCACUGCCGCCGCCGCCGGCGCCAUCCGAGAUGAGCUCGCUGUGCAAGGAGUGCGACGCGGGACCGGCGCAGACGCGUCGUAGUUUCGAAUUGGCUGGUGCUCAGAGAUCGGCGCUGUCUCUGGACAUUGCCGAGGCGGCGGAGCAUCUGGUCAAGAAGCCCGUGAAGAGCAAGACGGCCAUGCUGACGGAGAAGCGGCUCAGCGCCGAGUCCAUGCCCGACAACACCUCCAGCAGCGAGGAGUUCGACGAGGCGCGCCUCAACGGCAAUGGCUACGAUCUGUUUGGCUAUAACGGAAACGAUCAACGCGUCUCGACGGCAACAACACCACACACAGAUCUGGCGCCCACUUUGGAGGAGGACGAGGAGCUGUCCGACUUUAGCUACGGCUGCGCUCCGCUCAAGCAGAUUGAGCACAAUAUAAGCGCGCUGCUGCGCGGCGAUUUGCCUCUGAUGGGUCCGGUCAAUGGAUGCAGUGCAGCUGCCUCUGUUGCUGCUUCUGCUGCUGCCACUGCUUCUGCUGCUGCUGCUGCUGCUGCUGCCGCUGCAGCUGCUGAGUUGCAUGCGAAGCGCGUGCUGGAGUUCCGUCCGGGCGUGCACAAGUCGGAGAGUGCCAAGGAGAUGCUGCUGUCGCAGAACGUUGUUGGCUUUGGGCCGCUGCCACCGUCGCCGCCCAGCUCCAAUCCGGAUAUGUUUGACUAUGAUGCGCCGCUGCCGCCUUCACCCAUUGAGUCACGCAAGCAGCUGGAGCUGCCGGCGUCCGUUGCUGUCUCAGCGGUGCCCGCCAAUCGGGGCACCACUGUCGUCGAGGUGCAUGCCACCGCUUCGGGGGCAGCGGUGCACAGCAACAGUCAUACGCGACGCAGUCGCGACAAUGUGGCUGCAGUGCGUCAUUUCAACGAUGAGCUGCCACCGCCACCGGCACCGGCCCAUCAUCAGUCGAGCAGCUUUGCGGAGGUGCUGCCUGGACUGGGACACGCGGCACCACCGAUGGCGCCAGUGGUGCCACCACAUCGUGCCGGUCACUCGCUCAACACCAUGAAAUCGUGGAGCAUUGACUCGCAGUAUCGCAAGCGAUCGCCCAAACUCUUUGGCUAUAGUAGCGGCAGUGGCAUAACCACGCCCACUGGCCUCGGCGGCCAAAUGCCGCCGCUGCCCCAGCCACCGAUGGGCACCAUUGGGUCGUCGUGCGAUGGCGGCUCUGUUGCUGGCACGGGCUCCUAUCAGCGACGGUACAUCAACUAUGGCACCAAGCGCAGCCUGAAGCAGUCGCCGCGCGAGGAGCAUCGCCUGCAAACCUCAUGUAGUCUUCCCGAAACCCCAAUCUUUGCCAGAGGCUGUGACAUACCACGUACGCCAUAUCGACGCCAAAAUGAUCCCAUUCCCGUCAGCGGCUCCCGCACAGCGCCACGUUCGAGCACAUCGAACAGCAUCAAUAUGGGCAACUCCAUCUUGGGCAUAGGACCUGGCCCCUAUGGCACCGCUCAGAUUUGUCGCCAGCGUUCCAUCAAUCACGCCUUAGCCUCCAAUGAAAUGCUGCGCAUGACUGGCGCCCCCGCUCGUGGCUGGUAUCCCAAGCAGCGGAACAUGCGGCCCGCCUCCACGGAGAACAUUGAUCGAUUGGCAUCGGUGCGUGUGUGGGACAAUCCGGCUGGCAUGUCGGGCACGGGUCAAUCCCGCAAGCCGCUCACCCUGCCGCCCAAUUUGACGCCCUCCUUCUUGAACAAGUCACCACGCGAGGCGCUGCGACGGGUCACCAGUUUGCUAAUAACCAAAAAGAAGCACAACAAGGAUCGAAAGCACAAGGCAUACAGCGAUCUGCCCAUGGAUGACAGCAACAGCAAGCAUGCCUAUGAAUUUGAGACAGUGGGCUCCGGGAAGCGUAAGGAGAGCAGCAGUCGCAGUAAGGACAAUGCGGCCGCUGUAGCCGGCACUACGCCCAAGGCCAAAAAGAAGGGUCUCUUCAAGGCGCUGUGGAAGCGUACGAAAACCACCUCGCUCGAUCAAUAGAGGCACAGACGAGGACGAAGGCGUCGACUUGUUUUUAGACGAAGCCAAAACACUGCCCCCCUAAACACCCCCCCCAAAAUACUCCAAUGGAAUUUUGGAGUUAUAUGUUUUUAAUGAUGAACGUUGAUAAUAACCGCACUUCUAAUAUACACUAUAUGCAGAGAGUAACAUAACACAUACAUGUACAAUAUGAAGACGGUGUUGGUACUACGCUAGGCAUGCACAGACCCUAUCAAGUUACCAGACUGCUCACCUGCUCAUCCAUGAACUAUUUACACACACACCCACACACACCAACACACACACACACAGACGAGCACUAAUUGUCAAGCUCGUUUCGUUUGUAAGUUCGCUCACCUUGAAAUUCACUCAGUAUUGCAACAAACAAAAAAAAAAAACAUAUAUAUCGUACAUAAAGGUACAACUAUAUCGGUCAUAUUAUAAUGCGAAAAAAAGAACUUAAUAAAUUAAAUGCACAAAUGCCGUGAAUCGUAAAGACUGACAAAGACAAACAAAAAUGUAAAUGAAAUGAGUAAAACAAAAAAAAAACAAAGAAAAUUAAUUGAAAAAUUCAAAUAUAUGAGAACUUCAAAUGCAACACCAGACCAGCAGACAAAACAGUAUUAUAUAUACACACUAUAUAUAUAUAUAUAAAUAUACACCAGAUAUGUGUAUGGGAAUCAGAUGAGCCCAGACUCUGAACUUGCAAUAAUUCCAUGGCCGAGACACACGUAACACACACAAUAAAAAGCACGCAACGAUGAGCAACAAAAUGUAGGAAAACAAACAAAACAAAAAAAAAA